CUUCGGAUCAGGCGGAGGAGGUGGCUAGUGCCGCUACCGUGCCUUCAGAACGUCGCCAGCUUGGCGCGCAGCCUGCUUGGGGAGCCGCUCGCUGUCCCUCGCCAUGCCGGUGGGAGCCUCUCCCCCGGUCAGGUCUCGAUAUAACCUAGUGGACGACAGGCACGACCUGCGCAUCCCGCUGCAUAACGACGACGCCUUCCAGCAUGGCAUCGGGUUCGAGGCCAAGUAUAUUGGCAGCUUAGAUGUACCUCGGCCAAACAGCAGGGUAGAGAUUGUGACUGCUAUGAGACGCAUCCGGUAUGAAUUCAAAGCCAAAAGUAUAAAGAAGAAGAAGGUGAAUCUGUUGGUAUCUGUAGAUGGUGUGAAAGUGAUACUGAAGAAGAAGAAGAAGAAGAAGAAAGAAUGGGACUGGGAUGAGAACAAGCUGCUGGUAAUGCAUGACCCUAUCUACAGGAUAUUUUAUGUGUCCCAUGAUUCCCAGGACCUGAAGAUCUUCAGUUAUAUUGCAAGGGAUGGUUCCAGUAACACCUUCCAUUGUAAUGUUUUCAAGUCAAAGAAAAAGAGUCAAGCCAUGCGCAUUGUUCGAACAGUGGGCCAAGCAUUUGAAGUCUGCCAUAAAUUGAGCCUUCAGCAUACACAGCAGAAUGCUGAUGGCCAAGAGGACAGUCAUAGUGAAAAGGGCAGUGAGGAUUUGGAAGCACCAGCCUGUGGUUUGACUGAACCUGAACCUGUCAACACUACUGAGGAAACAGAUAUUGAUGCUGUGGACAUCAGACGAUCAGGGAGUGAUCACUUGGAGUUUACCAGGGGAGUGACAGACCUUGAUGCUGUUGGCAAAGAGACGUCUGGUCUUCUUUGCAGCAAGGACUUGGUUCAUAAAGAGAAUAUCUUCAUGGCUUCUCCUAAAAUGCUUCUCCCUUCUUCUACCCAGUUGCCUGAGCCAGAGGUUCCUCUCUCUGCUCAUCACCAGAUGCAGUUUCUGCAACAGCUUUUGCAGCAGCAACAGCAGCAGACUCAGUUUGCUGUGGCUCAGGUACAUCUGUUGAAAGACCAAUUAGCUACAGAGGCAGCUGCCCGCCUUGCGGCACAGGCCCGAGUACAUCAGCUCUUGCUUCAGAAUAAAGACCUUCUUCAGCAUAUAUCACUUCUGGUAAAGCAAGUGCAGGAACUGGAGGCAAAACUGCUGGGAUUUAACACCAUGGACUAUCAAGACAGCUUGUUGGAAAUCGCCUAUCGAUCAGAUGCCCUGCCUGUUCUAUGUGAUUCCACUACCCCUAUGCCUGAGGACACCCACCUUCUUCAGCCUGACAACAGCUUCUCCAAUGUUUCCAGUUCUCUGGGCAGCCCUUUAGGUAGGAGUGACUGUUUGGUGAAGCUGGAAUGCUUCCAUUUCCUUGCUAGUAUGGACCCUCCUUUGGGCAGCCUGGAGCUCAUCAAAUUUCGUGAGUUUGGUAUUGCCUCUGAGUAUGAAUCCAACGUGGAUGAAGCCGAGGAGUGGGACUCAUGGGCCCAAGAGGAACCACGUCGCCUGCUCAAUAUCGUGGACAAACAGGGGCUGGGAGAUAGCCUGGAAAAUGAGGUUGCCCUUUGAAAGGAAAAUGAAGUGUCUUAGGUCUGAUAAUAUCUGAAAUGAUGCUUGCAUGUCCUUUUAAAAGGUCUCAGCAAGCUUGUCUAUUUCUGUUCUAUCUUCUGAGUACAGAUUCUUCUUGUGAAAGAGUGAACCUUUGGAGGAAUGAUAGUUCCUGGUCCACAGUUAGGCCACUUGAAAAACUGCUCUUUUUCCACUGACAGAACAAGUAUUACCUCAGAUGUCCCACAUCUCUGAUCUUCCAUCACUUUAGAGCAUUGGCAUCUCAAAAAAUUAGUUUUCCUUUAGAAAAGCAGUUUUGAGAGUGAAAGUAUAGUAUUGAAAGUGCGUGGAUAAAAACCCAAAGCCAGCAAUGGGAGUGAAGAAAUUACUAGAGGCCUGGAAGGAUGUCUUCAGUGUACAAUAUUUCUCUUUGCCGCUCCCUAUAAAUGUGGGGAACAGAAUAUAUUAUGCAAGUCAAGCAAUGUAUUCCAUUUGCCUGGUUUGCAAAAUGCAAUUAGGAAAGAGAACAUACUGCAUACAAUGUGUUUGACUUUGGUACAGAAUUGCCUUGUUUGUAUUGUGCUGCCUUCUCCGGGUAGAAUAUGUAGAGUAUUGCUCUUAGCCAAAACUUUUCAACUUUCUGUCUUUCCUGUUUAAGCCUCCCUAUUUAAUCUUCAGACAGGACCAAUAACUGCUUUAUAUCUGUGAAAUUUGAAGAAAAUGGUUCAGCUUUGAACAAAUUGCAUAGGGAUAAAUUGUUUAACAUGACAUCCAUGCUCUUUUGGAAUUUGAACCUGGUCAUUCAUGAAUACAUUCCAGAAAAGGCUUCCCUAAUUCCAAAAGAAUAGCUAUAGUAUUUUGUCAUUAGAGAAGCAUUUUAAAAAGAAAUCCUUGUCAAAGCAAUUUCUUGAUCGUUCAUCCCAAACAAAUGCAGACUAUGUGGCUAGCCUGACACCUCAAUAUACCAUCUCAUGGGAGUGGUUUAUUUGGUUCCAAUCUAACAUCUGUAAACAUAUCUACUGUCUUUCAUUUGAUCAUCUGCUGCAUUGCAUGAACCCAGCUGUAUCUUUCAUGCAACCAAGUUUAGCACAGCCAAUCACGUCUGUCUUCUCCACAUGAUAGAUUCUGUCCCAUAUAACUGGGUGCUUAUUACCUAGUAAAGACUCUGCUCUCAUAA